AUAGUAAGGAGUAGCAAAACUGACUGGCACGGAAGUAAAUGGAAUCCCGAAAAUGUCUACAAUAAAAGAGUUUCACUUAAGUUACGACGUACUUAAUGAGCUGGAUACAUUUUCCGAAGGCGAUUGUAUAACUGGAAGAAUUACUCUGGUGUUAAAUAAGGAAACCAAAGUGGACAGCCUUUUCAUCAAAGCCAAAGGAGACGCAGAUGUCUCUUGGGAGAACGAUGACGACAGUUACUCGGCUCACAACAGAUAUUUCAAAGUGAAGACAUUCAUGAUUAAUAAAAACCCACAAGGCACCAUACUUCCUUCUGGUAUCCAUAUCUAUCCAUUUAGUCUCCAAAUUCCUGAAGGAAGCAUGCCAUCAUCCUUCAGGGGAAAUCAUGGAAGAAUAGUAUACAGAUUAAAGGCCAAGUUGGACAGGGGUUGGUUGAAGAAACGGAACUUAGAGAAGGAAAUCACCUUUGUCUCCAAAGCUAAUUUGAACCCUGGUCUACUUUUGUCUCCUCAGCACGGCGUGAAGAACAAGUCAGUGGGUAUAUUCUCCUCAGGUCAGGUCACCAUGGAUGUCCAUGUUGAAAGAAUGGGUUUCAUGCCAGGUGAGGUGGUGCAUAUCUGUGCAAACAUCGAGAACAAUUCCUCCCGUGACCUUAAGACCAAAUUCACUCUGAAGCAGAAAAUUACUUUUUUUGCGUCUGGCACCAGGACAAAAGUAAAUGAGUACACCAUCUGCAAAGUGGUCCAGGACCCUAUACUAUCCAGCAACCGACAAAGUGUUACCGAGAAAUUGCAGAUACCUGCCGACCAGGGAUUGUCCAUCCUGAACUGUAACAUCAUAAAAGUAGAGUACAUUCUAAAGGUAUACUUGGAUGUCCCUCUUGCCAGGGACCCUGAGGUCAGAUUUCCGUUGGUUAUCGUCCCUUCCGGCUUCUGGUCCAAUCAAACGCCAGGCAGGCCUUUCGGGACUCAAGGUGGUCCCAGUACCAGUGACUUCCCAUCUAAUACAGAGUUGGGACCAUGUCCUCCUUUCAUGGCUCCAGGUGGGAGCCCGUAUCCAUCUGUUCUGUCAGUGUAUCCUGAACCUGCAGCCACGGGAGGAAGUUGUUAUCCUGACCCACAACAGCCAUUUCCCUUCCCAUCUGGUCCAGUCUUUCCUCAACCGCCAUUUGCAACGUCUACCCCAAUAAUGCAGUCACCCUACUCUGGUCAAGAGAAAGAUCAACCCCCUGCCUACAGCUCCCUUUUUCCUCCUUCUGCUCCUGAAUAAUCUAAACCUAAUACCAGUUUAAACGCUCUUUGACAGAUAUGGGAGACCCUUUGAAUAAUUAUGCUUUUUUAAAUAAUCAGUGUUUUAUGGUAGUUAACAGGUUUUUAAUGCCAUUAUUAUACAAAAUGAAAACAAUAAACAGUGAUGCUGCAUUAAUUGUAUAUAGCAUUGCAAUAUUGAAGAAGCUCCCAACUCCUGAUGGACAUAUAAAUAUGGCUUCAAGGUAAUGAUUUGUUGGCCAAAUACUUCAUCCUCUGCACUGUUCAAUCUAAAAACAUAUUUCUUGCUCCUGUUCUUUUAACGCUGUCUGAACUUUUCCAAGUCCAACUAGUUAGUACACCAGUGCUUCAGGCUAACCUUUCACAUACUGUCAGAGCUUUAUUACAGCUCACUUAUCUCAGCUUUUUAUUACUCUAAGUGGCUCUGUAAAUGUUAACGAAGUUAUAUUUUCAAUGCCGCCAAAACAGCCCUGACCCAUCCAGGCAUGGACUCCACUAGACCUCUGAAGUUGUGCUGUGGUAUCUGGCACCAAGAUGUUAGCAGCAGAUCCUUUAAGUCUGUGAGUUGCGAGGUGGAGCCUCCAUGGGUCGGACUUAUUCGUCCAGCACAUCCCACAGAUGCUCGAUUGGAUUGAGAUUUGGAGAAUUUGGAGGUCAAGUUGUGUUCCUCAA